AUUACCUCACCAUCAAAUUAAAUCUCUCCCCAUGACAACCUACCGAAAGAAAUUCUUGAUUGUCGCCUAUGCAGGGCUAGGCCACAUCAAUCCAGGUCUUCGGUUCGCCAACCGCAUAGUCAAAAUGGGAGUUGACGUCACCUUUUGCACGAGUCUCUCUGUUGUUAAACGCAUCGACAAAGAAACCGUCCCUCAUGGUCUAACGUUUGCCCCAUUCUCUGACGGCCAUGACAAUGGAAGACAACCCACAACCAGCCAACAACAAUAUAUCUCAGAUUUUGAAGCAAAAGGUACUUGUGCUGUCGCAGAAACUAUUUGUUCUGAGAAAGAUGCAGGUCAGCCAUUUGACCUUUUAGUCUAUACUACUGUGCUACCGUGGGCAGCCCGUGUGGCAAAUGCUCACGGUAUCAAAUCAGCCCUUUUGUGGUGUCAGUCAGCUACUAUUUUAGAUGUUUAUUACUACUAUUGCAAUGGAUAUCAGAAUUUGAUAUCCAGCAAUAACGACAACCCAACGUUCCCAAUCGAUUUGCCCGGACUGCCACCACUAACUAUUGCUGAUUUAUCAUCGUUUAUGUCAGCAUCAAGUCCAAAGGAAUACGAUUGUAUUCUACCAAUGUUGUUAGAUCAUAUAUAUGUACUUGAGCUAUCUCCAACUAUACUGGUUAACACUUUUGAUGAACUAGAAUAUGAGUCCAUUAGAGCCACCAAGAAACUGGAGUUUAUUCCUAUUGGACCUUUGAUCCCCUUGGAAUUCCUAGACGAAAAAGACUCAUCAAAAAGCUCUUUAGGCAUGGAUUUCUUUGACAAACCAACAAAUGACUACAUCCAAUGGUUAAACACAAAAGAUAAGUCAACGGUUGUGUUUGUUUCUUUUGGAACUAUAGCCACUUUCUCGUUGGAGCAGUUGGAGGAGAUAGCAAAUGGAUUGUUGGAGAUUGGUAGGCCGUUUUUAUGGGUAAUAAGAGACGACGAAAAAGCAAAAAGACUGAGCAAGAUAGAGGAAUUGGGAAAAGUAGGGAUGAUAGUGAAUUGGUGUUCUCAAGUGGUGGUGUUAAGCCACCAAGCAAUAGGGUGUUACGUAAUGCAUGGUGGGUGGAACUCCACGACCGAGUCAUUGGUGGCCGCUAUUCCUACGGUGGUGUUCCCACAAUGGUCGGAUCAACCAAACGACGCAAAGAUGUUACAAGAUGUUUGGAAAACCGGGGUAAAGGUGAAAAACAAAGAGGGGGUUGGAAUGUUGGAAGGGAAAGAGCUUAAAAGGUGUGUGGAAAUGGUGAUGGGAAAUGAGGAGAUGAAAAGAAAUGCUGAGACAUGGAGUGCGUUGGCAAGAAAAGCUCUUAGCAAUGAUGGAUCAUCUACUAUUAACCUUCAAGCCUUUUUGGAAAAUGUUUGAAGCUUAUUACUAGUAUUUGUAUAUACGAUAUUUGCCUUUAAUAUAUUUAUAGUUGCUAUAUGUUGUAUGUGAUGCAUUGAAAAAUAUCGAUAACUAUGUAAAAUUUUAUGAGAUGAUAUAUAAAAUUCGACUCAUAAUGGAGGCCGGUCUUAUUAGUGUUUAUUUAA